CUCAUUGUGAUCGGGUAACGUCACGAGACGGACCGAAGGUCGGCGGUUGAACGUUAGAUCUAGCCGCGAUGUGACCCGCUAGCUGCCGUAUUGUUUCACGCAUGAGGGGAAAGGUAUUGUAGCUUCCUCUGCUGAUCGCCCGCGUCUCUGUCGAUACAUUGUUGAAGACUGGAGGUUCUGGAGGUGUUUGUUUUACUUGUUUCAUGUUCGCCAUUUGUUAUACACGAGGAUUAUGAGAGAACACAGCCUUCGUCCCUACACUAGCGGCGGUCGCUGUUCCCGUCUGACGGUCCGGGUGCUCCUCUCAGCCGCAGCAAACAUCGUGUGGUGUGCCGGCGGACUGGAGACCAGGCGUGAUUUGCUGCGUUCAUACUCCUGAUUUGUGCUGUCCUUCCAGCUCCAGUGCUCACGGUUUCAACCGUGUAUCCUCAUGUUGAUCGGCAAGCAGCUUCCUCUGAGAUGGAGAUGAGCCACGGCGGUGCCACCGUGUUUGUGUGUACCCCAUUAGCCUCCUCAGCCUGAGGCCACACCAGCUGCCCGUCACUGUCAUUCUCAAUAUCCGUGCCCAAACAUGGCCACCGUUCCUCCUGGGAUCCGCCUGCUGGUGUCCUUCGACAGGGACCAGUGGUACAGAGCUCUCACUUUCCUCCUCACCUUCCUGCUCUACACCAGCUUCCACCUCUCCAGGAAGCCCAUUAGCAUCGUCAAGAGUGAGCUCCAUAGGAACUGCUCAUCAGCCAAUGAGCUCUCCACCAUGGUGUCCUCCAGCUGCAGCCAGCAGCCCUCGCUGCCAUCUCUCCACUCAGGCACAGACUGUAGCUGGAAGCCUUUCGAUAAAAGGAACUACAAGCAGCUGCUGGGAGCCAUGGACUACUCCUUCCUCUGUGCCUAUGCGGUGGGGAUGUACCUCAGCGGCAUCAUCGGAGAGCGCGUGCCCAUUCGACUGUACCUAACCGUGGGCAUGCUGACCAGCGGCCUGUUCACCUGCCUCUUUGGACUGGGUUACGUCUACAACAUUCACAAUCUGGGCUUCUACAUAUUUGUCCAGGUGGCCAACGGCUUGGUCCAAACCACUGGCUGGCCCAGUGUAGUGACCUGCAUCAGCAACUGGUUUGGAAAAGGAAGGCGUGGACUCAUCAUGGGGCUGUGGAACUCUCACACCUCAGUGGGAAACAUCCUGGGCUCUCUGAUCGCCGGCUACUGGGUGUCCUCCAACUGGGGCCUGUCCUUCAUCGUACCGGGGCUCAUCAUCGCAGUCAUGGGCGUCGUCUGCUUUUUCUUCCUCAUUGAGCAUCCAGAUGACCUGAAAAGCGUGCAUGCUCAAAAUUAUUCUCCAGGCAAGAGUCAGGCUCCAGCCAACAGCUGGAAUGGUGUGAAUGGACACACUGAGGUGUAUCUGCAAUACAAGGACAACAAAACCCAGAGCUACGACACAGAGCUGCUGUUGCCGAGGGACAGUGUGUGUGUCCCCAUGCAGCCGGUCGUGGUGGUGAAGAGGGAACCGCAGCCGUCCGCCAUCAGCUUCAUGGGAGCUCUACACAUCCCGGGAGUGAUCGAGUUCUCUCUGUGUCUGCUGUUUGCCAAGCUGGUCAGCUACACCUUCCUCUUCUGGCUGCCACUCUACAUCACCAAAGCAGCUCACCUUGAUGCCAAGAAGGCUGGAGAUCUCUCCACCCUGUUUGACGUGGGAGGCAUAGUCGGGGGGAUCUUGGCAGGAGUGAUCUCUGAUAGACUGGGGAAGAGAGCCACCACCUGUGCAAUCAUGUUGCUGCUUGCUGCUCCUACACUGUACGGCUUCUCCAUGAUCAGUGAGCUUGGUUUGGGGCCAACCAUCGGCAUGCUGUUGGUGUGUGGAGGUCUAGUCAAUGGACCGUACUCCCUCAUCACGACUGCAGUAUCUGCUGAUUUGGGGACCCACAAGAGCCUGAAAGGCAAUGCCAGAGCAUUGUCUACUGUCACUGCCAUCAUCGAUGGCACAGGAUCUGUAGGUGCAGCACUGGGCCCCCUGCUGGCUGGGCUGCUGUCUCCAGGCGGCUGGGAUCAGGUCUUCUACAUGCUGAUGAUCGCUGACUUCCUUGCUCUGUUGCUUUUGCUACGGCUCGUGACGCAGGAGCUGACCUCCAACAAAUCCCGUCCCAUCUCCGCUGUAGAGUUGAAGGAGCACUGAGCACUUUGAUUGAACUGCCUCCACGUAGGAGCACACACACACACGCACACACACACACACACACACACACACACACACACACACACACACACACACACACACAGGCCCAUGAUAAUAUACACAGUGCUGUGGCAGCUGAAGUAGCUCACUGUACUAGCGUCCCUGAGGAGGAGCUGAAGCUGAAGUUGUGGCUGGUGAACCAGAAAGACCUGCAGCAGAAAUCUGUCUGGAGGAUUCAUCUUCACAUCCAGGAUUUGCUCGCUACUCAACUCUUCCCUCCUCUUCCUGUGGCAGACUAGAGCUUGAACACACUGCCUGAGAUUGGCAGAUACAUGAAACGAGCCUUACUUUGAUGUGUAUAUUAGAAGUAGAAGUGACUCAAGCUAUUUAUUUUGGAUAGCUGUCUUUGAAACAGCAACUUCCAUGACUGUGUCCUUCUGGAUCCUAAUGUAGCUAACUUCCUAUUCUUCUCCUUAUGAGCCCACCCAACAUGGACCUAACAGAACAUCUGGAACACAACAGUUAAGUUUUAACCUAACAUCUUAAACUAUACCAUUUGUUAUUUCAUGCCCAACCCUAACCCUGCAGUGGGCCCGUGGUGGCAUCUAGUCUGGAUGUAGACGUUUGAAUCAUGACGUGCUCAUUGGCAGCUUGAGAAUAAAUACAGUCGAUCAAGCUGUUAGGUGUGCAGGUGUUGAAGUCAACUUACAGAAGUAAAGCUCUUUGUUCUUAAAUCAAUACAUUCCUUUGUUUGUUACCUUCUAUCCACGUAUCCAUGUUGCCAAACACUGACUUAAGAUGCACAGAACGCUCACCAAUGAAUAUUCAGUAGCUGUGAGAUGAUUAAAGCUUCAAGCCCUUUCACACACGGAGCCCAGCGUGGAGUAAAGGAAAUAUUAAUCUAAAAUCAGCUUUGCAAACAUUCUAUAAAGAAGUAGAUGCAUUCAACAGUUUUAUCUGUGCUCUAGGAUACACAAUGCAUUUGGGUCCACAGUGCACCUUUAAAGCCAGUUCACCUAAAUUAUGAACAAUCUCUCAUACUUUGUAUCUGUGGAGUCAGACGAUCUCUAGCUCCGCCCACUACACCAAUGAUGGGUGAAGUUAAGUUCAGUGUGUGGUGCUGACGACAUUCAACAGCAGCAUCUUUCCACAAAUACAGUCGUGUCCUGUUAUUCUAGAUGAUCUGUUUCUACCAAGGAAAGUAGUUCAACUGUUGACGGCUUGUUCUGUGGAUUAUUUAGAAAGACAGUUUCUGUCAUGUGUAGGAAUCUUUAAAAGUCAUAUAAUAAUUCUUUGAAAAUGUCACAUUUCUAUUGAAUAGAUUGGGGUGGAGGCUGAAAUCUCCACCUGGACAGAUUGUCUGCAUGGAUCGAGUAAGUUUGUUUGGGAUUUAUGUGAAGUGAGUUCAAGCUUCAUGGGAACACUAAAGCUUCCUGUGCUCACACUAUUGACCUCGUCAACAGUGUGAGCAGUUCAAUGGUUUGUGUUAAACACAAACCAUUGAACUCUCCCUCUGUCUGUUCAAUGAGUGUGUCAGAUGUGAUGCUGUGUGUGUGGAAGGAGCUCAAACCAAGACCACUCCGUCUCCUCUCAGUGGAAGUUGCUGCUUCAGUGUCUUCUUUGCCUUAAACCAAAGAGAUUGUGGGAUCAUGUUAAUGUAUUUUAAUUAAGAGACGACUUAUUUGUCAUUUAAGUUAUUCCUGUUGGUUUUGUGGCGGUUUCUGAUGUUAUGAAAUGAAGGCACAAAGGUGUGUUUCUGUAUCAGACCGGUGACGUCUGUUCUCUGUGGUGAUCUGAGAUAUUAUGAAUGUAAACUUCUUGUCAAACCUCAUAUGGAUAUGUUUUGCAGUGCGAUGUUGAUAACUUUAAGUAACAUGUUUAUAGUGACAAUUACUUCCACUAUAUGAUCGUGUUAUCAUUAAAGAUCCUAUCGAUGAAAAUCUGAACACUAAGACACAAAGAGCUCACGGUAGACAUUUUAGAUUUUAUCCUGCAAAUGUAAAAUCCACCAAAUACAAACACCUUGUAAUGCCAUCUAAUGUCAUAUUGUAAACAUAUUCAUCCAUUAUUCACUUACUCAUAAUGCCUUCUUUAGAACAAGGCCACAUGUGUUAAUUUAUUCCGUGUCAGUGAGGCCGAGUACUUGAACCUUUGUGUGCCUUAUUUGUUGUUUGUCUUUUUGCCAGCCACUUGAUUUUGUAAAGAAAAAAACAUCUCCAAAUGUUUCCUUGUUUCUUUGGGAAUGAACAAUAAAGAACUAGUUUUCUUCA